CUCAUUCAACGGUGGCUUUCGCUACGAACAGACGCGUUCGAACACACGCGUUCCAAAUACGAACUUUCAAAUUCUAAAUCCGAACGUUCUGUGCCGCGGAAAAAAAUAAACUGUGCUAGUGGUUUGCUGAGUUGAGAAUAUUGAUUAAAAACUUUUUAGAACAUUAAAUUAUUUUUUAAAAAUAGAAUAUAGAUUGGAAAACGUGAUUGUGUUGUUAUCGGGGAUCCAGCGACAAAUCCACUGAAGAUGCCUGAAAUCGGAACAAAUUGAGAAUGUACAAAAUGGUCAUGGUCAACAGUAUCUACCACAUUUACGAAAUAAGAUGAAAUGUGUACAAACAAAAAUGCACUUAGAAACUUCCAACAAUGAAUGAGCUAGAAUUUGGCGCUUUAUUCAAUGAAAUCGAUUACAACUGGGAAGACUAUAACAAUACUGAGAUUGAAGUGAAUGUGACGGGUGGGAAUCGAACCUAUGGUGUACAGAAUGAGGUGGUUCAUAACUGGUGGGCUCUUAUAGCUAUUGUGCUGGUGGUUUGUACGGCUGCUGGCAAUGUACUGGUGUGCCUUGCGAUAUACUUGGAGAGGAGGCUGCAGAAUGUGACGAACUAUUUUCUAAUGUCGCUGGCAAUAACUGAUCUGCUCGUCGCGAUAUUGGUGAUGCCUGUUGGUAUACUGACGCUGGUGAGAGGUUACUUCCCGUUGCCAGCUGUGUACUGCCUCACUUGGAUCUGCUUGGACGUUCUGCUCUGCACUGCUUCCAUCAUGCAUCUGUGUACCAUCAGUGUUGAUAGAUAUCUCUCUCUGCGGUACCCCAUGAGGUUCGGAAGAAACAAGACGAGAAAGCGAGUAACGAUCAAGAUUGUAUUUGUUUGGAUACUGUCUACAGCUAUGAGCCUUCCUUUGAGCCUUAUGUAUUCAAAGAACGAAGAAUCAGUCCUCAUCAAUGGCAACUGUCAAAUCCCGGACCCGCUGUACAAAGCCAUCGGCUCCGUUAUCUCGUUCUACAUCCCUCUCGGCGUGAUGCUGCUGACGUAUGCUCUGACGGUGCAGCUGCUGGCGCGCCAGAGGAAGGGGCUGGGGCAAGGCUGGGCGGCAGGGUGGCUCGGUGCGAUGCCCAUAGAACGCCGUUGCACUUGGAGGAGGUUCCUCAGUCCUAGAGGAGGUACACCGCAGCACUCUGCAGCAUCCACUGAAACAGAGUUACCACCGAUAGACACUAGAGACCUUUGGCUUCAAGACUCUAGUGAGCCCGCUCCGUCAGCCAUGAGCGCACUGCAUCAUUUCGGAGCGGAGAUGUUGCGCCUGUCACGCGGCUUGGAAGCUUCCGCUGCGGCUAAGCCGUCGUAUAGAGGGACAAAUAUAUCAGAGCGUGGAGGGAUGCUCACUCCAGGAUCCUUGAGCGUCUCGUCAAGUUCACCGUCCUCCAUGCUCCAAGACAAGCGACGACUGUCAUCCGCAGGUGAUCCAAAUAAUCCUAUAAACAGACCUCGGAGUGCAUCAGACGACGAAAGCAAUGAUGGCCUCUUAGCUCCUGUCACAUUGACCACAAAGUCCAGAAGCUCUGAAGAUGGGCUUCUGCUACCACCGCCAUGCACUUGUCCUUAUUUCGGGACAGAUUCCACGCCCCCGAGGCGUCAAACAACAGAAGUGAUAAUUGUCCCUGGUGGAGACAUCAAUGGAUGCAAUGGGUAUCCUCGAAACGGCAUGAAAGGUGACGAGCCUUCCACUCCGUACUUCAGGAGAUCCAGCCGCGGAGCGUCUUCCAUGGUAACUUGGGAGGAAGCGCGAAGGUUUAGACGGGGUUCAAGUUUCGGUGGCGCAAGAACAACUCUUUCUACGCCAGUCAGAACUAUCCGGAACCAAAGAUCCAUUAACAAUCGACCUCAACCGCAACAAAAUCCAACUCCUCAACGACAAUUACCACGAACUCAUCAUUCGAGGAACUCGAGCGUCAUAUCAAGGAAUUCCUCACGACACGGGAGAAUUUUGCGUCUAGAACAAAAAGCGACGAAAGUACUCGGAGUAGUGUUCUUUACGUUUGUCGUUCUUUGGGCGCCAUUUUUUAUCCUCAACAUGGUGCCGGCGGUGUGUCCUGAAUGUGAGCGGAGGAUUUCGAGUUGGGUGUUUGACUUUGUGCUGUGGUUAGGGUACGCGAGCUCGAUGGUCAAUCCCAUAUUCUAUACGAUAUUCAAUAAGGUGUUUAGACAGGCGUUCAAGAAGGUUCUGUCGUGUCAAUACUGUAAGUCAGCGAGGUAGCCCGCACCCUGGGAGCGCGUCCGACCGACGUCUGACCCGGGGCUCGGGGCGCUCUCAGUGAAUAGAAACAUUCGAUCUCAAUUCGUAUAAACUAUAAAAAGCUUUAAAUAAAUAGGUACGCUUUUAGCUUAGCUAUAGGUAAAUCGUGGCUUCAAAAGACAAGGUAUAUUUUUUUAAUCGCAUAUUAAUAAGGAUUCAGUUUCGAUUUAUGUUUUUAUGUUUACGUUGUACGAAAAACUGUUUUGUCAAGCUUGGAAAAGUCUAGUCAUUCACUGAGUCUUACUAGUCAUUUUUUAUGCACAUCAAAGCCAAAUACUCAUUUAGCUACCAGAAUCAAGAAUUUACGUAAAUAAAAAAGUUGAUUGUCUCAUCGAGAUGAAGCUACUCACGAAAAAUUAGCUUGUUAGUAAUCAGCUGUACAAAAUGUUCUUGGGAUCCCUGACUAAAAUGAAGGGUUAUGAUUAUUGUGUAAGUAACAGUGUAUAUUUAAUUAUUUAUUUUAAGCUAUAGCUUGUAAUUUUUAUUUAUCAGCCAAUAUUGAUGAGUUAGGCAGUUAUCCGGAUGACUGAUUGCGGCUACAAUAUCAAUAUACGGGUUGUUUACGUUCAAAACCUGUGGGGUCUGAAAACUUUCCGUGGUUACGUUAUAUUCCAUACUGACCUUUAAACAAGAACUCGUAUCUUGCUCAAAGGUCAAAGUUAACAAUUUAACUUUACGAGUAAAAUAUAAAGUUAAACAUAUAACAAUUUAUCUGUUUAACUUUGUAUUUGAAAUUUAUAUAAAUUCUAUAAAAUUAAUCGUGGUAGAUAUAAUUAAUUUGUGUAUAUUUGAGCUCUGUAGUGAUGAGGACAUCUUAAUACUAUGUAUAUUGAAUUUCAUAAAUUUACUUUAAAAACACUCACGUGCAAAAUUCAUUUAGAUUAAUCUAGUCGUCUAAACUAUUAUUGUGAACAGGUAACACUAACUAACUAACUAACAGGUAACUCUGCACCUGACGAUAACAUAACAGCCGACAAUGCUUUCCAGGCAAUACAAUCACAAGCUACACAGCCGGCGAACACGAGGUCCCGGAUAUCUGACGUCAUGCGGACGUGGGUUGGGUUUAACCCACGAUCUCGAGGGCGCCCAGACUUGUACACUCAGGACAAAACACCCUUUCAGAAAGGCCCUCUAAACCGAGGUCCGAAUCUCAGAGGACCCCCUUAGAGAGUCGUUCUGCCUACAUAUUCUGUUUCUGCCUCGCCCAUCAGGCGAUGCUUCUGGGCUCACCCAAAACCUCUGGUGACACUGCUAAGGUUCCAUUAAGGACCCUACAGCACUUACACGAUCAAGAAAAGAAAAGUGGAGUUUACUUUUUCAGUUCGACUGUCUAAAUAGGUGUACGUUGCACAUUGUUGUUCGUCUCAAUACUUACGCCUGAAAAGUGAAAGGUGCGCAGAAUAGGUUGCGCACAAAAGUGUGCGCUGUCGUUCGUUCGUUAAAUUAUACUGCCCAUAUUUUUUUCAUACCGGGGGCUAUAUAUUAUGAAAAAUCGAUUCUUAAGGAGUUAGUAUGUUAAUAUUUACUUUAAGCCAGCUAUGAUGAUCCACAAAUGAAUUUAGCGGUUAUGAACUUAAGCAAAGAUAGUUGUAAAAGUAAUUGAGGGAUUCCACUACCAAACUCAAAUGUGUAUUUCGCAACUACUUUAAAGUUUCCCAAAGUUAUGUUUAUUCCACGCGAACUGUUUUAGUAACCGUUAUGUAAAGUUCAUUAUUGCGUGGGAUUAAAUUUACAUAAAUAAUAUUUAAGUUUGGAUAUUAAUUAUAAUGAGGGAUCGCAACUACACCAAAAUAACCACGAGGCAAAUCAGUCAAGUAAUAAAACCAAGCAUUAAUUAUUAAUUUCUUAUAAAAUUUAUGAAAUAAUAAAUUCAUUCUUGUUUUUUUUUCCUUUCUAAUAACAAGCUUUUGUCAGGCUCUAAUAAUUACAAGCUAUUUCCUACAUUUUAACAAAAUUAUUUUCUUUUGUUUUUCAUAAUGAAAAUAGUAUGCUUUGUUUUUAUUAUGUAUUAUUUUUUUUCUGUGUAAAAUGUAAUGAGAAUUAAAGCUCGCUGCAUACGUAGCGUUUUUAUCUCGGACGGGACGGGUUUUUUAUCUCUUACAAAAUACAAACUAUAAAUACGUCUUGAGGCGGCGACAAGACGUUGUGUUAUUACAACAUAAAUAUAAACUGGGACUCUAGCCAUGUUGACUUUCUACGAUCGAACAUAAAAAUGUAUGGGAGUCAAAGUUUGAUUUCGAUCUGUCACGUAAUCGACGCUAACGAUUAGAAGUCGUAGCCAUAUUAACCACGAUAUCUAUUCGUUCAUCGAAAUUCCUAGUACAAAUAUAAAUUGUAGUAGCCAAAUUCAAAUUUAUUGCGCUUACGAUUCAUAGUAGAAGCAAAUUGACAAUACGUAGACCACAGACAAUUGAAUAUGUUUUUUCUCUUUACGUGACGUGAUUGACGUGAAUCAAAGCGUUUAAAAUCAUCGUUAUAGUUUAGAUUACAAGCAUUUUACCUUGACUAAGGCCCUAGUAUAGAUUUCAUUUACGUUUAAUAAAAACGACGGAGAAAGUUGUUCUCAAUGCUAAUCGUAAAGCAACUAUUUGACAAGUUUUCUAAUCUUCAGCCAGUUUCGAGAGCCCAGCGAAUGAUCAUUGAGUCUAUGUACCGUAAUUAUGUCGUUGGUUAUUACAUAACUACCAUCGACGUCUUUAGCCCGCCCCGUAUGCAGUGACCUUUAUACAUUGAAUUAUCGAAGUGGUUUUAGGCUGUUUAUCAAAAUAGGCUGACAAAUAUAAAAGUAUUUUAAUAAGUUAGGUAUAACAAUUAUGUAAAUAUUAAAAUAGUCUUAUUGUACAAAACCUAUGAGUCGCGAUGAAUUAUGAAUGCAUAAUUAUUUUAUACUACAAUAUGUGUACAUUACUAUUAUAUAUAGGUAAAUUGAUUGAAUAAAAUACUUGUUGUUGAAUAAAUAAUUGAAAAAUAAUAUUUAUUAAAAAAUGUAAAUAAAGUAUUAGUAGUGUCUAGUUAUCUAUAUUUUUUAUGUUAAAAUAGCUCACCUAGGUAGCUCACCUAAUUUGAAAGUAAGUCAGUGUCAAUGCAGAGAUAACCGCAUUACAGUCCAGCCACUCAGACAUUGACAGGUGUCAGAAUCGCAAUUUCUGAGCGACCUGACUCUAGUAAGGCCAUAAUCCUAUUAUUAGGUCGUGAAUUUGAUCCAAGAUGUAAAUCAAACACAGGAUCUGCUGGGCUUAUGCACCAUAUUUGUUUUUAUUUUAAUCACACCGCAACACACACACGUGAAUGUAAUAACGCAGUAAAAAUAUUUAUUAUUAUUAUUUUAUUUUAUAUUCUUUACAUGUUAGCCCUUGACUACAAUCCCACCUGAUGGUAAGUGAUGAUGCAAUCUAAGAUGGAAGUGGGCUAAUUUGUUAGGAGUUUUUUACACGACAUCGUACCGGAACGCUAAAUCGCUUGGCGGUACGUCUUUGCCGGUAGGGUGGUAACUAGCCACGGCCAAAACCUUCCACCAGCCACAUAAAAUAUUUUGUUAAAAUUAGUUAAUUUUUAACAAAUACAUAUAAAAGAAUUGUAAAAAAAAUUGUUUCGUUUCUAGUUUUUGUAACAUGGCUAAGAUUGUGUCUGUAAAUAAAUCUUGUAAAUAGAAAUGAUAUAAUAUUAUAAUGAAUGUGUAAAAAUGACAUUA